GAAUACAGUGUACAGCUGAUAUUCAGAGAGAAGUGGUUUGAUGAGAGGCUCAAGUUUGAUGACAUGAAAGGCCGCGUGGAGUACCUGACACUGAUGGACCCGCAGAAGAUCUGGAUGCCGGACCUGUUCUUUAAGAACGAGAAGAUCGGCCAUUUGCAUGCCAUCACUAUGCCUAAUAUGUACAUCCGGAUCUUCGCCGAUGGCGGCGUACUCUACAGUGUCAGGAUAUCGCUGACACUGUCGUGCCCGAUGGACCUGAAGCUGUACCCGCUGGACAAGCAGACCUGCUCGCUCAAAAUGGCCAGCUAUGCUUGGAAGACUGAUGACUUGAUAUUCGUGUGGAAGAAAGGAGAUCCAGUGCAAAUUGACGAUGGCCUGCACCUGCCAAGGUUUACCUUGGAGAAAUUCGAAACAGCGUACUGCAACAGUAAAACAAACACAGGCGAGUACAGCUGCCUGACGGUGGACCUGCUCUUCAAGCGCGAGUUCUCCUACUACCUGAUCCAGAUCUACGUGCCCUGCUGCAUGCUGGUCAUCGUCUCGUGGGUGUCGUUCUGGCUGGACCAGAACGCCGUGCCGGCGCGCGUCUCGCUCGGCGUCACCACCCUGCUCACGAUGGCCACGCAGACGUCCGGCAUCAACGCCUCGCUGCCGCCCGUCUCCUACACCAAGGCCAUCGACGUGUGGACGGGCGUGUGUCUCAUGUUCGUGUUCGGCGCCAUGCUGGAGUUCGCGCUGGUCAACUACGCCAGUCGCUCGGACAUGCACCGCGAGACGAUGAAGAGGAGCCGGCGCCAGAUGGAGCUCGACCACCAGGCCGCGCUGGCCGAGCUGGGCGACCACAACGACGACGGCCAGACGGCCUACGCCAUGAAGCCACUCAUGCAUCGUGGCGAGAGAAGAUUCGACAAGGCCCGACAGUGUGAGAUCCACAUGCAAGUCGGCAAAAAGCAGGGCUGCUGCCAAAGUUGGCUGUCAAAGUUUCCCACACGCUCAAAAAGGAUUGACGUCAUUGCCAGGAUCACGUUUCCACUGGUUUUUGCGUUCUUCAACCUAGUCUACUGGUCCACCUACAUCUUCCAGGACGGUGACGACAACCUGUAGACACUGAGGUGAACAUCGAUCUCGAAGGGAGCUGGGCGAGCGCGCAGAACCCUGCGCCAGUCCAGCGCAGCUGAGAGAUGGCGACAGCAAGACAAGUGUUCUAGAAAAGGGUGGCUAUCCUGCCGGUGGAAAUCGCAGGGUGCGACUGUGCCGCGACGGCAUCGCUCGUGCUCGUGGGACGUGACCGUAGCGCACCCGAACAGAUGCGAUCGAAAGCCGCGAGCAUCCCGCAGUCGUCUGUGAAUUUUUCAGUGUGCGAGAGUGAUGUGUGAAUACGCGGGCAUGGUGAGUGUAUCGAGAGUGUCAGUGACAAUCGAUGCCAGUGUAGUGCUUGAGGCUGAGGUCCUGGACUCGUGCAAGAGGGCCCGCUAGUAACGACAAGGCAUGAACAAUCAGGACGAGACACAAGUGACACGUCAUUUACCGCCGGCUAAACGUUCAUCCAUUGGUAGAGAUGACCGUGGCGACGAAUGAGCUGGGUGCGCGUCUCCGACGAGCAGUGCUGUACUGCUCGCUGCUCGAUCAAGUGUCGAACGAACGUGCAUGAUUUCCCACGGCUGGCUUUCCCUUUGGCAUGCUCACACUGGUGUCAGUAAGUUGAACUUGGGUUGAGAAUGCGAAGGAACGUUGACUACGAUCCCAACCUAAGUGGCCGCGUUGAGACGUUGUUAUUCACGAACCCGCAGUUGUGAGUGACCGUGGUCGCCCAACGUGAUACCGCAUGAUUUCAGCUCAGAAACAGACAAUCGCGCGGAGCGGCAGCCUGCUCCUGCCACGAUUAUUUAAGUUAAAAGUGCUUCGCAGCCGGCUGGGUGACGACGAAACGUAAACAUUAAGACCUGAGCAUUCUCAUUCAAAGGACUGGCGUAGGUACGCUACCGAACAUUGGGGUCCGGUGCAUAUUCCAAAUCAAAAGGAAAUUAGAUUCACGCGAAUAUUCGAGCGCCCUCUUUACAGACGACGCAAACAUCUAGGAAAUUGUUUUGACGCACUUAACAGUCGAUUUUAAUCUAUCUGGCUGACGAGAUAACAUUGGGCACUCAGCAUCUAUUGACUUGGGUAUAAGUCCUGACGAGAGUGAACCGUAACGCAGCGUUGUUACACCGCUCAUGAACCACACUUCCAUGGGUCCAUAUUGAGAGAGAAAAAAAACAUUUAGCAGACAUUUUGCAGCGUAAAGCCCGGGCGGCUGGCAAAAGAAAAGAAUUCUGAAGAGCCAUAGAGCAAUGCCAUAACUUUCCACACACCUACUUGAAAAUAAUUUUGCCGCUCCAGCUCCUUCUAUGCUGUCCAACUCAUACAUAGGGCGUUUAAGUACCUGAUUUCUUAUGCUGAUUUUCGGCAAUGGUCUCCAUCUUUGACCUCAUAUGCUAUCAAUCCACAAAGCAGCUAACAAUGCCGCAACGAGCCUAUCACGGCUGACAUCGCUUUAUAGGGACACGAACAGACAGAUCAGAACAUUCGAGCAAAGUGGUAGGAUAUGCAAAGCAAAAUUUUCGAAUAGAACAUUCCAGUAUGCUGAUCUAAUUGAUUGAUGACCGGAGCAAAAGAAAAACUCAGCCCCAAGAAAACUCAAGCUCGUAAUUUUUAGUUCAGCGAGGGUUGGCACGCCCACCUGCCUUUUAAACAUGAGACACUGUGUACCGAACCAUGUCCCAUCUUAGAUCCACGUAUCUGCUGGAAUGAUUUAGAUAGGUACGGUCUUUAACAUAUACAGAUGUCCAUAUGUAGCUACUGAGUACUUUCUAUUAUGUGCUUAAGCCACUUGAUGCUUUUUAUCAGUAAAAAUGUGCAUAGCUAUCAGUGACGACGAAUUCCGUUCAUCUGCCCACGGGAUCCGAGUCGGUCUGUCUUGACAGCCAGACUUGCACAGCUCCUGAGAAGACCAGUGUCUCUUCGUGACCGACCGUGGCGUUAAUGGGUGGAGCGGACUGAGUGGAAUUUUUAGGGCUCAAUAUCUCGGUGUUCUACUCGCUUUAUCAUAUCAGUCUGCGUGAGCCCGUAGUGGCACGGCCGAAGUGUUACGCAAUCACGCCUCUGUUACUGCGCUUAUUAACCCACGUGCGCCGUUGUGUUGUGCUGAUCGAAAUCACCAGAGCCUGUCGCUCGGAAGUGUUGCCAUGGUUUCCGCGGGCAAGCGAGGCCAGACGCGUGCCAUGUCGACGUGUCGACGUUUUGUAUCUGGUCACGAUCAGAGCUGUACAGGUUGACGGCAGCGCGCGAUAAUUUUAAUAAAACGGUUCCAGUGCA